AAAUUAAUAAAGGCAAUCAAUAUGGUUUCUCGUUAUAACUCUGUUGCUGCGAAGUGGAAGGAUAUCGCCAAUAGUCUGGAUAUAGAGAUACCUGCCAUAUUUAGCGGUGAAGAGACGGACAGUUAUGAAAUCGUUUGUCUACCAAAGUCUAGCGAAAAGCAAACAACAGAUGAGAGGAAAUUCACUCUAAACAGAAUUACCGAUAUACCAAUCAGCGCACAGGAGAAAUGUCUCUAUAUCAUGGCAGAAUGGUAUCGUUUAUUUCCACGCGGUUUAGUCGUGUCGUCGUUGAAAAAAGUGUUAGAGGACUGCAAUUUACACUACAUUGCAGAACAACUGUAUCAGAGACUGUAGACUAGAAAUCCCAAUGCAAUUAAGCUCAAGGCGAUCUUUUUCUCUUACUUCCACUAUAAAAGAGUUACAGUUCUUUGUGGAAUCUUUUGUGGAAAAAGUCGGAAAAUGUUCAAAUCUAGCGGGAUUUCUUGGACAAACGUACCAUAUAUAUGUAAACAAUAUCUUGAAUGCAGAUAAAC